UCUUGGGUUCAUAGUCUCGUUUUUGGAGAGACAGAUUAGAUAGAGUAGUUUCUUGACAUGGUGAAUGUUUCCUGAGUUGUGCCAUGAUCGCUUUCUACACCGUGGCCACCUUCAUCAUCGUGAUCCUUGACCUCGUUGAGGCCAUCAUUAGCACUUUGCACCUUGAUGACACCCAGGCUUCGAUCGUGUUUUUGACCGCCUCCUGGGUCUUUUACGCCCUCGUAGACAAUGUCUCUGCAGAAAUAUCACGCACGAAGUGCCAUUGGGCAAUGGCCAUUGAUUGUGCAUUGAAGUGCAUGGCCUGUGUGGGGCAAUGUGGCUUGUACAUCCACUUCUGCAGCAAAGACUCAGGUGUGGAUAUUCCGCUGAUCACCUUAUGUGCAAUUCAGGUCCUGCUGAAAGUCAGUAGCACCAUUUGCCAGGCGUGCCACAAAGAGGAUGUCAAUCAGAAAGAUGAACCAACGGAGUCCAAGGUUUUAGAUUCCGCAGACUCCAUUGUCAUUGGCAAACCAGCUUGCAUCGCCACCGAUUGCUGGGAGUCUGAAGAGAGGAGGCUGCACCAAGAAGUGACUAGCAUGGCAGUGAGUUGUGCUGAAUCACCAUGGCAGCCCUGGGCAAAGAUGUUUCUGCGGGCAACCUUUGCAGCUUUGGGUGGUGUCUUGCUGAUGCUUUUCCAAGAGGAGUCCCCUUUUCGUACCCAAUGGUUCAAGAUGAUUUUUUGUGUGCAUGCGUGGAUGCCAAUCUUCAUUGUCCGCUGCUCGAGGCAGGAUGAGAAAGUCGUGAGAUGCUUAUCCAUUUGCCUGAUUCUUGAAACUCUUGUGUACGGUGUCUUUGUAUGGACUUUGUGUUGGAUUUGGGGUCUGUCGGACCAUUUGACCGAACAAUUCGAUCGCGCCUACACCUUGGCCAUGAUGAUCAUUACUGGCAUCUUUUUGUGUUGGUGCUGCUGGUGCUCUUGUUGCUGUCUUGCAGUAGGCAGUGCACGCAGGGGAAGCAUGGAUAAAGUGGAUGUGGCAUACUUGUCAUAUGCGACGUGAGAACAAUUCGAUUCAUGGAUGAUUUCCGUCCAUAUUUGCACCGCUUUUUCUGUCACAAACCCUCGCUUCAGCUAAGAAAAGAAC